UGGACGGAACACGACAAACUCCUUCUCAACGAUGAAAAGACGGAAUUUCUCGUCAUUGGCCCACGGCAACAGUUAUCUAAAGUUAAAUACUUCUUCGAUCACCGUGGAAAACUCUGCUAUAAUGAAAUCGUCAGUUGUUAGGAACCUUGGCUCGUACAUUGAUGACAAGCUGUCAAUAAACUCCCACAUCAACAAAGUCUGUAAUGCAUCAUUUUACUAUCUCUACAACAUUGGGCGGAUAAGAAAACACCUAUCGCGUGACUCCUCGGAGACUUUGAUUCACGCGUUUGUCUCCACCCGAUCGAUUAGAUUACUGUAACAGUUUACUCUAUGGAUUGCCACUGGUACAAAUUGAUAAGAUACAAAGAGUUCAAAACGCAGCUGCAACGCUGAUUUUUGAGCAACCAAAGUUUUGCCAUUUAACACCAGUCUAAUGUCAGCUUCACUGGCUUCCCGUCAAGUAUCGCAUUGAGUUUAAGAUUUUACUUAUAAAUGACUUUUAAAGCUAUUCACGGCAUGGUGCCAGAUUAUAUUUGCAAAUUGAUCAGCCGAAGGAAAUCAACUGGAUAUAAUUCUCUCAGAUCCAGCUAAAAAGUUAUGCUUGAGGUUCCAAGCGGCAAGAUACUCCCAGCACUUGGUGGUAGAGCAUUCUGUUACGCGGCCCCAAACCUCUGGAACAACCUACCUAGCGAAAUAUCCAGCCUUGACUCUGUCAAAUUUUAA